AUGCAAUAAUGUUUUUUAUAGGAUGAAUUUGAUGCUGAAGAUGUAAGUCCUUGGCAAGAAAAGAAUUUAUCUCCUCAAAAUAUUCUUUAUAAAACAAGUCAAUAAUAUCGAAGUUCAACAAUUAAUUCCGGUAAGGAUGAAAAGCAGAAACUAAUUAAUACAAAAACCAGUUAUUCUAAAUUAACUAAACAUACUGCAGCAACUACAACUACAGAAUUUCCUAUAAGAUGCUUAAGGAACAGAGUUAAGAGUAUAGAUUAGACAAAAAAAUAGUUUUUGAAAGCAACCCCUGUUAAACAAUAUUGCGAUUUUAAACUGUCGAAAGAGUUUUUGAUGUAUAGAAAUACUGCUGAUUUUCCCAAGUAAACUUUGCCAAAGAAUUUUUUAUCCUUUUAAAGACUAAAAAAGUCCUAUAGUAGAAAAUAAACUAUUCAUUCUUAAGAACUCAAUCCAUAAUUUCUAUAACUUCAAAUGUAGAUGAAAAAGAUAGAAGAAUAAGUGCAACCAUAAAAGAAAUCAUGCUGGGAAAUUGGUGCUCGUAGAAUUUCUAAUCCAAAAUUUUAAACAUUUUUAAGUACUUAAGUUUGA